CAGAACAUUAUAUUAUCAUAUACAAUUUAAUAAUUAUAUGAUCUAACUGAUAUUCUAAGCACAGAACAAUUUAUAAUAUAAGGUCUAUGUUUCUUAUCUAUUCGUGCGUACCCCGCUUUUUUAAUUUUUAUAAUUUUAGAUAACAGAUAACAAUAUUUGAAAAAAAAUAAUUUUAAUUUAAUACUUACUAAGUUACAAGUUUUAGAUCUUAUGUCAAGAUUAAAUUUAAUCUCUACUGUGGUUCAAUUAAUUGGAACUUUAUUGUUCCAAAUUGUAUCAUAUAAUGAUCAAAUUAAAUUUAUAACUCAAAAUACUCAUGAUUUUGAUUAAAUAAAGAAUAAUUUGAAAUAUUUUAGUUUAAAAUUGUGAGUUCUAUUUAACAUGGUCACAAUUCACGAUUAGAAUCUUUUUCAAUUAAAUAUUAAUGUUAAUUUAUAAAAAUAUUAAGAUGAAAUUAUUUUAUUUUAUUCCUGUUAUUAUGGGGAUAACAUCUUCGAAUUCAGAUUGCGGAUGUAAUACAAAUCGUAUUACUACAAACACUAAAAAUGAAAAUGUUUGCACAUCUGCAGAAGGUCAGUCGAACGCAUUAGAAUCUAUGGUCUUAAUCAAAGGACAGAAUUUUACAAUUGGCACUGACAAACCAGAAAUUAUAGCUGAUGGAGAAUCACCAUCCCGUAUUGUGUAUUUAGAUGAUUAUUUUAUUGAUAAAUAUGAAGUAAGCAAUUUAGAAUUUAAAAAAUUUGUUGAUACAAGUGGAUACCAAACUGAAGCAGAGAACUUUGGAGAUUCGUUUGUAUUUCAAUUAUUUCUCAGUAAAACCACAUUAAAAUCUAUAACACAAGCUGUCAAGGAUGCUCCAUGGUGGGUACCAGUCAAAGGUGCUAACUGGAAACAUCCUGAAGGGAAAGAUUCUAAUAUAAAUGAUAGAGAAUUACAUCCUGUUGUACAUGUAAGCUGGAAUGAUGCUAUAGCAUUUUGCAAGUGGGCUGGAAAAAGGUUACCAUCUGAAGCUGAAUGGGAAGUUGCUUGUAGAGGAAAUCUCAAAGAUAGACUUUAUCCUUGGGGAAAUAAACUUCUUCCAAGCAAUAAGCAUAGAACCAAUAUUUGGCAGGGAGAAUUUCCAUUCAAAAAUACUGCUGAAGAUGGUUGGGCAACUACUGCUCCAGUAAAUACAUUUCCAAAAAAUGGGUAUGGUCUCUAUAACAUGGUUGGGAAUGUAUGGGAAUGGACUAAUGAUUUUUGGAGUGUACAUCAUGACCAAAGUUUUACUGUAAAUCCAGGAGGUCCUUCAGAUGGAAAAGAAAAAGUUAAAAAAGGCGGGUCCUACUUGUGUCAUAAAGAGUAUUGUUAUCGCUAUAGAUGUGCUGCAAGAAGUCAAAAUACACCAGAUAGUUCUGCAUCAAAUCUUGGAUUCAGAUGUGCAAAAGAUAAAUAAUGUUUUAAAAACUGAUAUUACAAUUUUGUGCUUAUUUUUUAAAAUGUGAAAACUAAUAUUUAUUUAUUGUAUAUACAUUACAGUACCAUCAAGUAUUAUCUUUGUGGAAAAUAUUUCUAUCAAUAAUAAUACAUUUAUUUUUCAUAAA